CAGUAGUUGAUUUUGAUGUCUACCUCCUGUUAUGAGCAAGAUAUUUCAGCUCGGUCACGAAGGACAAUACUUUUGCGGUGAUACCAUUGUUGGAGGAAGGUGACGUGUUUUUAAGAACCGAGAAGUCCCUUGGAAGCGGCUAAAAGACAAUAGAACACAGAUUUGGCAAUUGCAGACAGAAGACAAUUUGAAGGUCGUCUCCACAGGCAAAGCACCGACGUUGUGUGCAAGCUGAGGCCGUCUGCGCCACCUUCCAGGCUAGAGGACUAUCUGUGUGAACUGGAGAUUGUAGGACAAACCGGAUAGCACCAAUGCACCUGAAGGUGGAAGACGAUUCUGAAGACAACAAACCUGCCAUCCCAGCGCGAUUUGGGACGAAACACGACUCCGAGGACUCGUUUCCGGUGGACCAGCAGCACCACCUGGUGGCUGCAGGGUCGCCAGUCGGCGGCACCAUGCCGGCUCCGACAGAGGACACCGCCAGUGGAGGAGCGAUCGCCACCAACCCCAACACCACCGCGGGCACGGUGUUGGCACCCCUGCCGGGCGUGCGCGGGUAUUCCCCGCACCUCCGUCCCCACCACCACUACCCCCACCACCACCACCACGGCAGCUACUCCGGGCAGCCGGUGCCGCUGUUCGGCGAGCUCCCUCGGGACCCGUGUGGACCGGCGGGGGACGCCGGCGGUACGGACCUCCACACCGCGACGCUGAUGCCGCCUCCGCCUCCGCCUCCGCCACCACUGGGGCACCACUACGGCUUUGGCCCGCACCAUCAGCACCACCCUCACCUCCAGCACCAGCACCACAGCCGACCCACUCUGCACCAGCACCACCUGCAGCUACACCACGGACAGCAGAUUGUGCACCAGCCGGGACCAGAUGGUGACGAGGCUCACUUCGGCUCAGCGCAUCACCAGCCUCAGGAGGUGCUACAUCACCAACAGCAGCCACCAGCCGGAGUUCAGCAUUCCGACGCCCAGCAGGCUCUUCGGUCGACGAGGAAACGGAAGCUCGGGCCUGACUCGCCACCAGCGGACCUCCACCACCCGCACCUCCACGAUCACGAUCACGAGCACCACCUGCACGAUCAAGAUCGUGACCAGCACCACCACGAUCACGAGCACGACCACCACCACCAGCACCACGAGCACGAGCACGACCAGCAAGCAGAGGGCAUGACGAGCCCCGGGUCCCCAUCUCAAGACCACGGAGUGGACUCCCCUGCUGGACUCCAUGCGGCAGACCACGACAUCCACCUCCAGCAGCAGGGCGUGGUGGGACUGCAUCACCAGCACCACGACCACCACCACCACCAUCACCACCAGCACCACCACCACCAGCAAAAGUCUUCGUCGGGUAGCAGGAGGUCCAAAUCGGCCCAGUCUCUGCAGGAGCUGCAGCAGCAGCGAGUGAUGGCGAACGUGCGCGAGCGGCAGCGCACGCAGAGCCUGAACGAGGCGUUCGCCGCGCUGCGCAAGAUCAUCCCCACGCUGCCGUCGGACAAGCUGAGCAAGAUCCAGACGCUCAAACUCGCCGCCAGGUACAUCGACUUCCUGUACCAGGUGCUGCAGCAGGCCGAGCACGACAGCGCCGGCGGGGGUGGCGGCGGGGGGGGCGGGCCGGCGCUCGCCUGCCACCACGACGGCCCGCAGCUCUGCGACCCGGCCGUCGACAGCGGGAGCGCUGGCGGCAGCAGCGGUGGCGGCGGCGGCGGCAGCGGGGCGUGUUCUCCCGGAGCUAGGCUGGCGCUCAUGUCGGCCGGCUCGCCCUGCUCCUACAUGGCGCACGAGCGGCUCAGCUACGCGUUCAGCGUCUGGCGGAUGGAGGGCGACUGGUCGCAGCACGUGUAGCGCCGCCCCGGGCCAGCCAGAACGGUCCGGCGUAUUCGCAUUGCAGCUAGCUCCAUCUGGUUGCGGACAUCCAAAGCGCUUUCCAAUCGUACUUACGUGAUAUCACAUUUAUUAGAGGCUAUAUACAUAUACAUAAAUAUAUUUUUACACAACAUUUAUUUUUAUAAGAAAUAAUUUGGAAGAAUGUCAUCUGUAGGGACAUUUUGCCAUAGUAUUCAUGAGAGAACAGUACUUAUAAUCAAGGUUUCUGUACUUAAUUUCUUGUGUCGUAUACGGAGCUGAGCAACAAUUUCUUGUAACGCUCUUAGUGUUACGUAGAGAGUAAUAUACGAGAGAAUUCCAUGUAGCGAGUAAGACAUGACUUCUGAACUUGUGAUCUAUUAUUUCUUCUGUAAUUUUGUAGACCGUCAGCUGUGUCUGACAAUAAAAUGUGACCGAUUAGUGUA